CUCGGUGGCAGGGCCGCCACCUCCACGGAGCGCUUGAGAUACGACGAGACGCCGAUGUACACCAGGCUCACGGAUCGCGAGCAGCUCCCUGCACCUGCUGCCCGCGUACCCCCUGCAGAUGGCGCUGUUCAGCAGAGGCAGCAGGUGCCUGUCAGCUGCACGUGCGAGACCUCCCACAUCGCCAAGCUCCUCAACACGCAACGGAGUUAUGCUAUGUUGUUCGAAGCUCCUGGUCACGGCAUGGUCGCCGUUCAUGUUCCAAUGGAUGGCCACAUCCAGUCGAUGGCCCGAGCGACAGCUGAGGUGUUGCACGAGUCCACGGAGAGGAGCUCCCCGAUGAUGGCCGACAUCGCCGCGCUCUUCGAGCGCACGCAGAGGAUCGUCACCACCGACGGGGCUAGUUCUAUCACCCGAUUCGAGCGGAAUUUGUCCAGAGAGCGGAGGGCCUCGAGCAGCACUUUGAAAAUAACGCGUGAGAUACGUCGCGCGCACGGCUUCUUCAAGACUGUCCUCUCACAGGUCAAGUUGCACACCGCCAUGAUGGUCCACGUUGCGAGGGCCCUCUGCACGUCGGAUUCGAUGCGCCUCUUUCGCUUUGCAUUGCGGCGCGUGAUCUCGGGGGACUUGGCGCGCCGCGAGAACGCCAGACAUUCGCGCGUCGACCUCGAGAAUAACACCGUGCUUCUGGGUACGUUCCCCGAGCCACCCUCGGGCCCCAUUCGGCUGAGGCGAUCCGUCAUCAUGUCCUUGGCCAGCGGCUGCUGGCCCAACAGGCGCAUCGUGGAGCAUUGUUGCCCGGGGUGCUGCGAAUCCAGAGAUGAUCGCAUUUCAAAAUUCAUGUCUUUGUUCGUCGCUUGCCUUGCCAUUCGCAAGCCGCCAGUAUGGCCUAGCAGUCGCUGGACAGGCUUCGGCGAGUGCACGGACUGGUUAGGGCUGCUGGAGUGUUGCCACGGCCUCCUCGCGCGAACCCAUGUCGAGUGGACUGGUGUCGACGUGGCUGUCCUCGGUGGGCCUCUGGAUCACAACUUCGCCAUCGGUAUGUACAGAGCCGGAGAUCAUGAGCUUGACGAGGACGGCGACGGCCAUGCGGCCGGCGGCGGCGGGCAGCAAGGCGGCGGGCAGGCAGCGCGGCGGAACGAAUUGAGCCUCGAUGAUCGGCGGCAGGAGGAGUCGAAACACAGGGCGCACGGGGCCAGGUGGUUGUGGAAGUGUUUUUCCCUCGCCCAUCUCGUCCUCAUUCGUCGAGUCCUGAAGCCCAUGCUCCGCAUUAUGAACCUGUGCUUGAAGUUGGCAGGCGACGCCCACUGCAGGCUCGUUGACUUCAGGAACGCGCAGCGUGCUUCUGGCAUCGGCCCCGAUAUGAUUGUGGACGGGUGCCCGUUGAUCGCAGCAAGCAGGCUAUUGUGCGAGACGGAGCUGUUCAAUCAGCUGCAGUUUUUGAUGAGUGACCCGCGUGAGUGGGCUAUCGUGCCAGUUAGCUGCCGUAUAUCAUCGCUGCGCAAGCGCGCAUUCUUGCUGCUGAGCCAGCUGGGGUGCAUGUGCAACGUUCUCAGGGAACUCCACCAAUGCUACCCGUUCAAGCUCUUCCGCUUGGUUGGGGGGCCUCAGCUGACGACGGAGAUCGCCGACGAUUGCGAGGACCUCAAGGACGAUUUGGGCAAGGCCGGCCACGCAACGAUCAGGCGGUCUUUGGUAGGGUUGAGCGCGCAGGCGCACGCCGUGCACAUCAAGCGCCUUUCAGCCCAGGGGAUCUGCGAGCUCUCCAGGAAGAAGGGCCGACGACUGCGGAGCGGCUCUGUUCGACCAGCGCGGAAGACGGCUCUCAAGACUUUGUCUUCAUCGGCGGCCGCCGUGUGCCAGAGGAGACGCAGAGGUCACGGCGGCGCUGGGCGCGCUCUCAGAGAUUCCACGUUGGGCACGUCAGGGCGCCCAGACUUGCACGAGGCAUCUUUGGCGCGCGCUGCCCUGGGUCCCGAGGAGAAGGCCGAGCAUGCCAGGGCAGGCGCCAUUGCCACCAGGGCAACGAGAGCAGGCGCCGUCAAGCCGUUCGGCGACGACACCAGGCGCGCUCUCAGGAGGGUUGCGAGAGACAGGACGGGGAUCGCGUUGGCGGAGAUGGCCGAAAGCAGACAGGCGCUGUGCUCAGUUGCUUCCGCCGCUGGCCAAACUGAGCUGGCCGCCCCCGCGGGCGUCUGCAGCGUCGGUGCCGGCCCCUCCGCAGCCGAGACGUCCAUGGCCAGCGUCGUCGGCAUAAAGCGCCAGCUUCGCUUGGAGCCGAUGCGCCGCAGCAUGGGAGCUUGGGGGGUCGAUGGUGCCACUGUCAGGCGGCGCGACGCACGAGGCCAAAGGUUUAUUCAGUCUACCUUCGGGCAGAUGGGCGCCACUGCAAGCGGGCGCGCCGAGUUCGCCCCAUGCACUUCAUCAGGGGCGCCCUUGACGUCGUUCGUGUGGGAGUCCCUCAGCAUCGCUCAGACGGUCAGCAGGGCUCUGUCGUGCGGUGGUAGCAGUUCCAGAAGCCAGCUCACCGAUGCAUUGAAUAACAUCUGGUCGGGGUUCCACGAGACAGUCGACCACGUUGAUCGGCCAGAGUGGGCGGAUGACGGCCCCGCGCCUAAGCCUUGCACCAGAGCGGGUUUCUGCGUUUGCGCUGGCCCUGGGCGCGACGUAAAGACGUUCAUCGCUGGAGUUAAUAUCGCCGUGGAGCGCGCUUGUCCAGUUGGCCCGAGGCGAAAGCAGCUCCACCCACAAGCAGAAUGCUUCAUUUUCUCGCUCGGUCAGCGGCAGCCCACGGAGGAUAAUACCAUGGACGUGAAUCUCGACACCGACCGUUUCAUCGAUGGGCUUCCGCAUGCUGAAGAGGUUAGGUACCAUAUUGGCCACCAGAGACUAACGCCAUGGAGAUCGGACUUCCACAUGGUGAGGUACGACUUCAGUUCCGGAGCUUUUGCGGUGCCAUCUCGUGCUCGGUUGUCGGCCACCAGCGCAUUUUCAAGUUCGCGGUGGGCAAUGAGAGAUUUUGACCGCUCGCUGCGCUGGCGCGCAUGCGUCUACAAGGUCUCGUGGAAGCGCGACCCCAUGGGCACCGUCGCCCCCGACUGCGUCGACGUUGAGCUGCCGGGGCCGCCCGCGGGCGCAGGCGCGCCCGUCUGUCGGGUUGUCUGGUUGCCUCCUUGGGCGAUUGUGAAGAGGAAGCGGGAGAACGG